UGACUUAUUUCCCUUUUGUUCUGUAGUAUCUGCAUUUGCUUGGUUGCCUGGUACACAAAGAAGAAAACAUUUACGAGACAUGUCGUACAUUUUAGUAAUUAUUAAUGCAAUUGUUGUAGUACUGAUGGCUGUAUACAUAAACGUAAAUGAAAGAAGAUUUCAAGAAAUGUCAACAAAUCAUGACCGAACAGGGCAAUACAUUGAAAAUAUGGUAAGGAAUCUGACCGUCGACAUAAGUGAUGACAUAAGACGAAUUUCUGAUGAACAGAUAGCAGAGAAAGUGCAAAACAUUGAAAAUGUGGUAAGGAUUUUGACCGUCGGCAUAAGUGAUGACAUAAGACGAAUUUCUAAUGAACAGAUUGCAGAGAAAGGUAAGAAAAAGAAUGGAUUUCUGGUGAGGUUGAAAGGCCCUUUAGAGAACCAACCGAAAGGAUCCGUUGUCAUAUAUGAUGAUGUUAUUACAAAUAAUGGCAAUGGCUAUAGUCCUUCAACAGGAAUAUUCACAGCAUCAGAUGAAGGACUCUACUCGUUUUCUUGGACAACUACUACUCAAGUUAACAAGCACUUCUUCACAUACCUGGCUGUAAAUGGAAAUAUGAUAGCAAGAAACCAUGCACAAUCAGUUACUAUCAACUCAUCAGCUAGUCAGACUGUUGUUGUGCAUUUAAAGACACAUGAUAAAGUUAAAGUUAAGGUCCAAGAUGAUUAUGUCGGCCUAUAUAUCUUUCCUGAGGGUACGCAAAACAUUGGAUUUCUGGUGAGUUUGGAAAGCCAUACAGAGAACAGACCAAAAGGGUCCAUUGUCAUAUAUGACAAGGUUAUUACAAAUGAUGAUAAUGGCUAUAAUCCUUCAACAGGAAUAUUCACAGCAUCAGCUGAAGGACUUUACUCUUUCUCAUGGACAACUACUACCAAAGCAAACAAGUACUUCUUCAUAUAUCUAACUGUUAAUGGACACAUGAUUGCAAGAAACCAUGCGGGACAUGGUAAUGUCGAUCUAUCAGCUAGUCAGGCUGUUGUUGUUCAUUUGAAGAAAAAUGACAAAGUUAGCAUUAAGGUUCAAGAUAAUUCUGUCGGACAGUAUAUCUAUGGUAAGGGAUGGUCAACUUUUUCAGGUUUUAUGAUAUGA